AUGGGUGAGAAGGAAGAAAAGUGCCCCGAUGGAGUCAAAUACUACAGACUGUCAGAGAUCGAGGAGCAGAACACUUUCAAAUCAACCUGGAUCAUCAUCAACAACAAGGUCUACGAUGUCACCAAGUUUCUGGAGGAGCACCCCGGAGGUGAGGAGGUGCUGAGGGAGCAGGCGGGAGGAAACGCCACAGAGAGCUUCGAGGACGUCGGACACUCCUCCGACGCCAGAGAGAUGGCCAGCACGAUGGUGAUCGGCGAGCUGCACCCGGACGACCGACACAAGAUCGCCACGCAUGAGGAAAACCUGCUGACCACUGUGAAGGAGGAGCCCAGUUGGUGGUCUAACUGGUUGAUUCCCGUUAUGGUAGCGGGCAUCGUCACGCUGGUGUACCGCAUCUAUAGCAGCGAGUGACAUCAUCAGUCAUGCAGCUGUGACGUCAUCAUUGGGCACUGCAGCCAAUUACCUCAGCUUCGGAUUGACAGCUGCACCAGCCAAUGGCAGCGCAGACUGGCUGCUGCAGACCAACAACCAUCCAAUCGCUGUUCUGGGAUCACUCUCUCUACGCUGGCCCUCUCCUGUCGCAGCACUACAAUUCCCAAGAUUCAUUUCAUGCUCUUUAACCAACUAAUCACAUGGCAUUUUGUUAAUGAAGACAUUUUUAAUAUGUAUGUUUUAUAAAAUCUUUAUGAUAUGAAAUCUUGUAGAAACACAGUGGAUGUAUAAUUUGUUGCAUGUUUUUAUAUCUUUGUAACUGGAUGUAAAUGAGUUCAUAAUCAGCAGCUAACAGAGCGCCAAGAUGUCACUACAGUCAUGUGACUGACUGUCUUGAAGGAAAUGUAUGAAGUUUUUAACCACCUGGGUGUUGGUAUAAACGUACAGGUGUGUUUGGAUUCAUAUAUCUUUUAACAUUCUUUCCCAAAUUCCCGCUUUUGAUCGUUUGGUUAUUCAAAAUGUCUCAACUUUCUUUAUCUCUGCAGUGAAUCUGUUGGCAGCAGAGGCACCAGAUUAUCUUUUUAUUAAUGAAAAUGACUUGUAAAUCGAUCAUCUGGUCACUCUGUCGCCUGUGUGACGCUUUGAGCAACCAUUAACUGAGCUGCAUUUACAUCUGAAGUCAGACUUUCCUGACCUUUUCUGACCUGUGAUCACCUGCUGGGACUCCGGGUCGUGAGCUGUUCAACGAGAGGGGAGCGUCUUUUUAUAAGCCUGAAGUGGUCAAAUGUUCCAGUAAUUAACAAGGUUAAAAGAAAAGUGCACAUUAGCCAUCAUGUCAUUAAUGAUCUCUUGACUCCAUUAUUGACUCCUGAAGUUACACAAAACUUUUGUUUCAAGAGAAUUUAUGUGAAAGUCGAGGUACAGUUUAUUAGGAAAGCCCCGAUCUGACUUUUUGAGUCCCGAUACCAAGACCUGGGCUUUGGGUAUCCACCGAUGGUGAGUAUUAUAGUACUAUUUCCAGUAUAAAAUUAAUAAUGUAUUGGGAAUCAUGUUCUUUAACGUGAAGCUUCUGGAGGUGCUUAAUUAAGUUGCUUGUGUUUUAUUUUGUAGAGCUACCACCACCUCUUGAAACAUUGGCUUUGCAGACUUGUUGGUGUAGCAAGCGUGAAAUACCUCCAAACUACUGACCCCCUCUUUUUAUCUUCCUCCAUAAUUGAAUUGAAUAGAUCACCCUCUUUGUCACUGAUACCCAAUCCAGCUAUUUCAGUAUUCAGUAUCGGGCCAAUAUAUUAUAUUACAUUUACAUUCUUUCAUUUAACCAAAGCAACUUACACAUUGCUUUCUCACAGUGCAUUCAAACCCGGGUCUCUCACACCAAAGGCAUGGGUCUUAUCCACUGCACCAUCACCACCCCAUGUUGGUAUCAGAUCGGUGCAUCCCUAUAUCAUUCUCGUACUCAGUUGUUGUAGUUGUAAUGGGCACAAUAAAAACAGAACAACAGAAGAGGUGCAAAAUAUUAAAAAAAAGAUAAUAAAGUACUGGAACUAGCCGUGCGUGUUAAAAAAGGCACGAUGAUUGCUGCCAAAUCCUGUGGAUGAACAUUUAAACGUGUAUUUUGAACCUGCUUCUAAAUAGUUAAUGAAAUGAUCUUGAAACAAAAGUUAUGUUGAACCCAGAAAACUAAAAGUUGUACCAGUUUUAACCUUCAUGUCGAGAUCAAACCUGGCAGCUGUUUCUCUCGGAGCUGCAGGUAAACCGGUAGAUGCGGCCAGUUAGUUUGGGAUUCUGCACCCUGAUGAUGCUUUCUCACCUGUUCACCUGUCAGAGCUGCACAUUCCUAAAUAAAUCUGCGUUUCACAGAAUCACCACAAACA